AUGAAGGUUUUCAUAGUUUGCAAGGAAGUUCAGCAACUUGGCCAGGGCAGAAUAGACCAGCAGCUGCACAACAGUGAUUUGACUGCUUUGGGUUUGUCCUUCGCCUCCUUGAUGAUUUGUAUUCCGUGCUUUCGACUACGAGAUCGUCAGUCCAUUUGGCGAAAAUUCCCAUUCCGUAUGCUGGUUUGGUAUGUCGGUGCGUGCAUGUUCCAUGCAUUGUCCGGCGUGCUUGUGAACACUUUGCUUCCUGUUUGCAGCAGAGUUGGUGCAUAUUUGAUCAGUUAUUGCGAAAUUCAACGCUACGUCUUGGUGGCGCUGAUGCUGCAUUGGCUGCAUCGCUUUGAAGAUGGUGUUCGUGCAGACAAGACAAUUUGGAUUGCCUUAGUUGCUCCAAUUCCAAUCUGCGCCUGCACACCACAACCACUGACAAAGAAAUACUGUGUGCUUCAAGGUGGUGAGGCCAAUAGAUUUUAUGUGCUCGUUGGGAUUGUGUCCUUCCUGAUUCUAGCGUGCCUCACUCUUGCAGGUCUGCUCCGCAGUAAGAGAGCAGAGGCUGAGAGCCCCAGAACGCCAGAGAGAAGUCCGCAACCCGCCCUAUCCUUUCAGGUAGCCAACAGUCUGGUGGAGUUUGAACCAGAUUCACCCACCUGCUAUCAGCAUUUGGGUAGCAGCAGGAGCCCAACAAGAUUACCCAUCAGGGCCAGUCGCCAGAUGACACCGCCUUUGAGCAGGCGAACUUUGGAACUGGAGGAAAUCGAAAAUGCUUCAUCCGAGUUCGCAAGCGCAAUCAAUGGCACGUUAUUAGAGGACCGCUUCUUGGACAGUGGAGCGUCUCAACUCACUGCUUUGGCAAACCUGAAAUUUGCAAUCUUAGUGAUUGCCUCCAAGUGUACGGUCGUCCUUGCCAUUUCCCUUGUUGUCCGAAGCAUACUCUUUUUCCAGCCUUUCCACACAGAGACCGAGUCCGCAUUAGUCUUCGGCUUGAUGGUGGAGCUUCUGCUUGAAAAUACAGAGGGUAUUUUUGUGCUUCUGAUUACAUUGGCUCUUUUCGAGACGCAAUGGUCGAGGCUCACCCGUCUAUUGCGAAUGCGUCACCGCCAAGCCCGGCGACAAGUUCGGCUUAUUGGCCGAAAGCAAUACGAAUCCGUGAAGUUUCUUCUGAAGGAUGCAGACGUCCAAUGCAUACCCACCAUGGACGGUGAGUUCCAGCUGAAUGAUGAGGACAUGUCAGUGCCUAUGACCGGCCUCCUGUCUCCAUCGUUUGACCGCGCUGUACUGAAGCGCGAGAUUUUUGGCCCCAUCAUUCCAAUUCUGGCUGUGAGCAGCGUGGAUGAGGCUAUUGGAAUCAUCAACCGUGUCGGGCCGAAGCCGCUGAUUGCAUACUGCUACACGAAGGGAGAAGCGGCUGAGAAAUCCUUUGUGAGUGGUGUUCCUGCGGGAAACAUUGCGGUCAAUGGUGGCCCACAGCGCAUGAUCGGGAACUACGCCGUGAGCUUCGGUGGAACAGGGCCAAGUGGAACAGGUGCUGGAUUUUGGGGCAAAGAUGCCCUCCGCGAGUUUUCGAACCGCAAGUGUGUCAUGAGUGCGAAGGAUGGCUUUGCCAGGUCCUUCUUCUCGGGACUACCAUGACGGAUCCAAUGUUUGCAGCUAAGCCUGCUGAGUUAUCGAUUUUCACUUCCCCCCACCUGCGAGACGCACAAGGAACGUUUUAAGGUGGGACGGGACACGCGAUGGACAGCAAUUAGAGUAAUAGACUACAGGUCCGAGCAGCUUUCUGCU